AUGCACUCAACCCCUCCCCUUUCGGCCGGUAGCAGUAGCUCGCCACGCAGACCAGAGCUCGCCGACAAACGCAGAAGCGUAGUUGCGCUCAGGUCGCCAUCCGAAAGGCCAUCCGAAAGGCCAUCCGAGAGGUCAUCCUCACCGCUGCGUGUGGUCCAUGCGGAAGGAAGCCGCUUUGUCCUCGAGCCUCUUCCGAGUCGAGCAAGUCCCUCAGCGUCCCGCUCAACGUCCGCGACGAGGCAUGUGUCAGCGCCUCAUACCUCAGCAUCAACAGCAUCAACGUCGUCCUCGUCGUCAUCGUCGACUUUUGGCACAGCCUCUUGUUCCUCUUCACCUUCACAAUCUCGCUCGGUUUCAUCAUCUCUCACGCCACCUCGAAGUAAACAGACAGACCGUCCCUACCGUCCACCACCUUCCAGCAGCGCUCGAUUCUACGAGCGACAACAGCAGGUCUGGCUCCUUCAGCGACCAAGCCUGCUACCACCAACCCCAGCGGCAUACCUUCCUUCCAGCUCUCUGCAUUCUCCGAUAGCGCAUCAUACCGCUCCAGCUUCAGCGCUGCCUCCCUUGCAGCCUCUCUCUCCACCAUACACCUAUGCUCCCCAUCGAGAGCCUGUCUCUCUGUCCAUUCGCUCCCGCUCUAGCUCCCUCGCCUCUAGUACCUCUCGCUCGAGAGCACAUAGCGUCAGCCCUUCAGCACCACCCGAGGUUGACGGGCCCGAAAAUCGUGCCCGAUCAGCAAGUGACGCUAGUAGCUUCACACGAAGCCGCAUAUCCAACGGCUACCUUUCUCAUACCGAUGAUGAAUCCAUCGAUUACGACCCAUCUCGGACUCCUUCUGCCCUCGGCUCUUGUCACGCCUUGUUGCAAUCGUCGGCUCCACCCCCAGUAACUGCCAGCUUCUCAUAUCGACAUGCCGCCUUACCAGCGCAACAAGGCUCUUCUCCUCUGCAUCAAAGCGUCACAGGAACGCCACAGUCCCCAAUCAGAGACAGCUUAGGUGGAUCCUUCGAUGCUGAUUGGGACGCAGAGCUUGGCAUAUCCGAGGCGGACCAUGUCGAGCCCCUUCGCCUUCCGUUGCUGCAGCAAACCGUCGACCGAGUCUUGCAUCCCUCACCCACUUUCGUCGACCCUUCAUCUACAGCCAAACCAGCUCCUAUCUGCACCAAAGUUGUCGUCAGCGGUGCAAGAAGCCUUUCGACUCCAGUCUCGACAGACAGCCAUCUUCACAGCAUUCAAGAAGCUGAUCUAAAAGGCAUUCGCGUCACCUCCUCUGUCAGCGAGAACUGGGACGAUGACUUUCUCUUCCAGAAUGAAGAGGACACGGCAGCGUCCAGUUCGUCCAGUUACGCUCGGACUCCGCCUACAAUCUCGGGCGGACGCAGUGGUGCCAACAAGCAGAAGCGAAACUCCUCUCAUGGUGGCAAAGACGAUGACGAUGACGAUGACGAUGUCGAAAACUGGGACGACGCUUUCUCUUGGAAUGCUGACCCACAUAUGACCCCAUCGGCAUCCACAAGCUCCUCGCCGCACAACACCGUGCAAAUUUCAAACAUUCCUCUCGCAGGCGCACUUGGGCAUGCUCUGCACCAAGACCCAUCUUUGUCUCGCGAGCUUCCUGUCAAUGUUCGCCGACACCUCGACUUCGGGAGAGGGGCAGAUGACCUCAAUUCCAAAAAGAGAUUAUCCAACACAUCAACAGCGAGCGGCGCCACCGACUUCUCUGCGCGUCUAGCGGCUCAGUUCGACGCCGACUCUGACCGACAGAGACCGUCGUUCGACAGCGAUGAAUUUUCUCAUCCUUCCCUUCUUCCUACCCCUAGUCAUCGCAAUGCCCUUGGUCUGACUGGAGCUUCUCGCAGAAGCCGUCCUAGCACUGGCGACCGAAAUGAAGCAGAUGGGGAUGAUACAGAGACAGAGACGCCGUCUAAAGGAGCUGUCUGCGCCACCAAGAAUCGUCCUGCGAGACGUUCACUUGGCGCUGCUCUCGGCUUUGAUACAAGUCACAGGUCGACAGCAGACUCCGCCACCAGCUCCUCCUCACGGACCGAUGACAAGAAGAAAGACGACGCUGUGGAUUCAGCAGAAAAGACCCACAAAAGGUCCAAGUCGAAGCUAGGCGCAUUGCAGCGUCUCAGCUUUUCACGCUCUCGUAUCAAUGUUGCUAAUGCAUCCAGCACUAGUGUCAACGUGCCAAAUGGAAAUGAAAGUGCAGGGGGAAUUUAUGCAAACGGCAUAAACAAGAGCCAAGCUUCUCUGAUCAGUCAGAUGUCCAGCACGUCGAAUCGCUCCAGACGCGCUGCAAGCCCAUCUAGCCUGGAGAAGAGCUAUACUGCCCUCCGCAGCACCAGCUUCCGUCGACUGCUUGGCCGAGGAGGGCAGACUCGCAUGACGUCUCCAAAUGCCCUUGCAACGCCUUCUUCUUCACCGCCUCGACGCACGUCAGAGUUAGUCCAGCCUCUCGACGCCUUUUGUAGUCCAGUAAGGGACAGUCUGACGUCCCAGACGGCCAAGCCACCAAUGUCGCCGCCCUUUGCCUGGCUAGGACUUCGACGUUCGAGCGAGGCGACGCCAACGCACUCCAACGAACAAAGCAGCCGCAGGGGCAGUGACAACGCUCCACGUGACAGCUCCGAGAGGCUGAGUUGGGCUGUUCCUGGCAGUCCGAGCAAGCCUUCGAUAUCUUUGCAAGGGAGAACGCAACGUGACGCUCGGGCAAUGCCUUCCGUUCAAGCAUGUUUACAGAGUCCGGACCCAAGCGGUAGCGUUCCAUCGUGGCAGGAUGUCAGCAGCCCGUCCAAAGGGCUCGCGUAUCCUCCGACUAGCAACCUUCGCCGCGACUUUUCCAGUUCCAACACACUGAGAGCAGCCAUGGCAGAGGACAACGAAGAUAGAGCGGAUCCUACGCAACACCGUCAUGACGCGUCUCGUACAGAGACCUCGGUCCGAAUCUUGCAGCCCUCCUACGGCCAAGUCCACUCGCGCAACGCCUCCUACGAGGCAACAGCGGAUGAUCCGACAUCAGCACAAUACCCUUACCUUGGACAAAGAGUGUUGCAUGGGUCGAAUGGCAACGCGUAUGCAAGCAGAUCUGUCUCUGCCUUAACUGCUCACAGUCAGACGAGUACUGAUUCCCUCUCGGGCUACAGGAUGCGAAAGCAGAUCUCCGCUUCUAUUGGACACGACGCUCACGACUCAGAGGCAUCGUACAGAACAAGCGUUGGAAGCUCACCUGGUCUCUCGAGCCUUUCAUCCUCGGGCUGGCUGUCUCAUGGUAAGCGCGGUGCCACUUCUUCGUUCGACACCAAAGACACAGCUUGGUCUGCUGCCGUCAUGUCUUCUGCUCACCACGGGUCUUUGCGAGCGCAUAGCGACCAGCAUAGUGGAGCUGCAAGUAUGCCGGGUUCUCCCAUCAACCUCGAGAAGACGCUCGAAGGAACACCGGCCACUGCUCCUCGCACAGCACGCAUGCUUUCAGCUCCCGACACUUCGCUCUCACCUUCUCGUCAGUCGCAGCAGGGAGGCACAUCAUAUACAGAGUCACCCAUGACUCCAUCUCGCGGUGUGCGUUUAGCAGCCAUUGAGUCGAGCCCGGUUAAGCCAGCUGCCUCUGCUGCAGACACCAGCGCACCCAUCCUGGCUUCAGCGAACCUUUUGGCUUCCUCUACUGUCUCACUGCAGAAGAGCGCAACACGACGCAACAGUCUUAGUGAUCUGAAGAUCCCUUCCCGCAUCAGCAAGGCUCAGACUGGGCUGCGCAACAACAUCAGCUUAGUGCGCGACUUUGCCAAAGGUAUCGAAGAGCUAAAGAUGCUGAAAUCCAGCUAUCUGGACCACAGGAUGCGGGCGCCGCUGUCCAGCGCUGAUGUGGAGGACAGAGUGCAGAACUGGCUCGAGUGUGCCGAUGUACUCAUUGGCUUGGGUGAGGGGAGGACUGAAGCAGACUCUGCUGCGAGAGUGGAUACCGUCUCUCACACUCCGCUGGCCACGCGUGUCGACAGUCGACGUACGACAUUUUCGGAUGUGUCGAGCUACGCUAGUCCCAGAUCGCCGCUAGGUGGUCUGGCGUCGAGUCAGUCCUCGAUCUCGGGCGCUAGAAGCACCAGCGGUACGAGCCAAGCUACCACGUCGACAACAGAUGGUGUGCGAAGCGUGGAUGUGCAGAGGGAAAUCGACAUCCUUUCGGCCAUUCUAGGGCCGACAUGCCAUGUUGAAAGUAGGUGUCAUGGUCGGUUCCAGUCAGAGCAGUAUUCGCGCGAUGAAGUGCUGCAUAGGAGCGCGGAGUCCUUGAAAGCUCCCCGCAGCUCAGCAAGAGCAGGAUCUUCGACGAACACAGACAUCCAAUGGUCCAACCUCACCAUUCCGAGUCGGGUGAGCUUUGAUGAGGAGAAGCGAAACGCCAGGUCGAACCGUACCAAGAACUCUGAGCGAGCUUUCAACACGGUUCCUCUCCAUGGCGCGCUGAGCGAAGUAGCGCCACUAGAAGGUGUUGAUGUAGGUGGCGUCGACCGCAGCGCUAAGCGUCGAUUGCGGAGUGCUAGUCGAGCGGGUUUGCAAGGUCUGAGGGAUCUGUUGAAGGUGUUUAAAGGUGCUGAAACUGCCUCUUCCGUUGCUGGUAUCAAAGCUACUGAAUCAAGUCCCAGCAAAGAAGAGCCUCGCACCUCGGUCGACAUCAGCAAGCCUUGCACUCCGGGAAAACAACCAAAGCGCAAAUCACUCAAUCUCAAACGACGCUCUUUCCUUCGCUCCAAGACUUCGCUCGACAAUCUUAAAUCAAAAGACACGAAUGCAGCUGCGCAGGAGGUCACUCGGCCAAUGCCGAGUACACCUUUGACUACUGCAGCUGGGAACAGGAAACAACCUUCAUCGGGCAAAGUUUCUCUCGAUACGACCUGGGAAGUUGUCGCAGCCAAUGCUGGAGAGGAGAAAGAGAGGAAAGAAAGUCGAGCUGGUCGACGGAUUUCACUUCAAUCUGCACUCAGCGGGAAGCGGAGAUCGGUUGAUGGUGGAGCCACUUGGACUCAAGGUGGGCAGAGAUUGGUGCAGUCGGCCAAGGUUGAGGCUGAUAGACAUGUUAGAAGGCCUAGUCUGGCUGUUCAUCCGCCUACGCAAGGAGAGGAUGCGGGGAGAGGAGCGAGUACGUCAGUUGAUACAACCUAUCAAUCCCAUCCACCGAACAAUGCAGGCAGGUCACAGAGCUCACUAGAAGCUGCAAAACUCUCCACACCAGGUACGGUGCAGAAAUUGGCUCUGAGACCAGAAGCAAUGCCUGGUUUGCUGGUGUAUGUACAGGCGACUAGACAGCAUUUGAUUGCUGCUAUUGAAGAGCUUGGUCCUGCGGCUAGUGUAAUGGCUUGCAAUGAUAAUACGGUUUUUUUAAAGGAAGGGGGAGGUUAG